GCUGCCAGCUUCAACUUCCGGCCCGCAUCAUCUUCUUUUCCAUCUGCAUCUUCCAACCAACAACACCCACUUCGGGGCCCCUCAGACCACAACAUCGCAGCCACCCUCUUCCUCACCAUCAUAGAACCCAUCUCGAGCUAUCCAUCCGGCUGCUCCCUCUCUUUCGGUUAUUUCCGCAAGGUCCUUUGCCUUGCGAACAGGGUGCUCCAUCUCCCAGACGGGGGAGACCAUUCUGAGUACCUGACAUCAACCGGCAUCUCACCACCCACUUCAACACACGAUGGUCUCUAUUGUCGACGCCGAGCAGGCGAGAAAUCUAUCGCUUUUCCGACCUCUAGGCUACCAACGCAACUCAUGCGGCUACUGUAAAUCGGAUGACGGCUCUGCCUCCUACUACACUAGCUCGGUUUCUGUACGACCCGCCCAUUAUGAGGCCCUCGUCAACCGGGGCUGGAGAAGAUCGGGCACACUGUACUACAAGCAGAACCUGCAGCGGUCCUGCUGCCCGCACUAUACCAUGAGACUGACGGCAUCGGACUUCCAGCCUCGGAAGGAUCAACGUAAGGCUGUGAACCGCUGGAAUAAGUUUGUUCUCGGUGAUGAAUACAUCCGUCGUGCCGCAUAUCUCUGUCCCAGGACACGGGAAGAAAAGAAGCAUCGCAAGCAGCACUUUGAUCUCCUGACGUCUGUUCACGAGGCUGAAUAUAGCAAUGUGAAGCGACCCAUUGACCCUAAGACGAAGAAGUAUCUCGAGCCAGCGCACAAAUUCGAGGUGAAUUUAGAGGGUGACUCGAUAUCUCAGGCCAAAUUCGACCUCUUCCGCAAGUAUCAGACGACAGUCCACAAAGAAGACGUCUCGAAGUGGCAAACCAAAGACUUCAAACGGUUCCUCUGCUCAGGACUGACACGCUCGCCCGCUGAUCCGAAAAAGUCGGACGAGAAGAAGCUUGGAUCAUGGCAUCAGUGCUACCGUCUUGAUGGCAAGCUCAUCGCUGUAGCUGUCUUGGACCUGAUGCCUAACGGAGUGAGCUCCGUCUACAUCUUUUACGACCCGGACUACGAACAAUGGGAAUUUGGCAAGUUGAGCGCAAUGCGAGAGAUCGCUUUUGCGCUUGAGGCUCAGUACCCGUACUACUACAUGGGUUACUACAUCCACACCUGUCAGAAGAUGCGGUACAAGGGCACCUUCCGACCGCAGUACAUCCUCGACCCUGAAUCCUACACCUGGGACCCGCUUGACGGCGAACUCGCCCAGAAGCUCGACUCCCGACCCUACGUCUCCCUCUCCCGGGACCGGCAAGCAGCCACCCCUGCAGCGACUCCAUCCGAGCCCGAGCCCGAGGCUGACGCGGAAAUCAACGACGAGGAGAUGUCACUCUUUGACCUGCACAUGCCCGGCGUACUCACUUUGGAUGAGGUGAAGGCGCUAGACCUGGACCACUGGUUGCUGCUGGUUCAUGGCUCAUUUGUGCACAUGAUUGAUCUCGUCGGGUGGGAGAGAAUGCCGAUGGAUAACCCCCAGUCUGUGAAGGGGAUCGUCGCAGAAUUGGCGGCGGUGCUGGGACCGGAGGUAUUCAAGCAGAGCGCGGUGGUGCUGUUUGAUUAGAUGGAUAGAGCUUGGGUAUGGUGCACACACGUCGUUCGAAUGGAGAAAGUGUUUAUAAAAGUCCAUCUUAGCUUGCAGUUAGUAAGUAGUGAGGACUUUUCCCUGGGAGAUGAGAGGGGUUAUUUCAUUUUGCACACUGCAUGGUUGUUGUGAGGAUGGAACGAGUUUUUCACCAUACCAUUCUACCCCUAUCCCAUGAGCAUUAGCGGAAAAAGAAUCCAAGUUGAAUGAUAUCUCCGGGGAAGUGAAUCUAAACCCACGCAAAACUCAAGUCCUCGACCAUUCGGGCCCACCAGCUGCCCAGUUGAUUGAC